CCCCAGAACAUGUGCCAUUCAUUGGCCGACACUCUCGCCCUGGAUCCUGGUGCUGCUGCUGGAGCUGCCGCCUGUGAGUCCCACAUUGGGUUGGGAGAGGGGGGGAGGUUUAACCCUGUGAGUCCCACACUGAAAUGGAAGAGGGGGGAGGUUUAACCCUGUGAGUGCCAGGCACAGCAUUUCCCCAGGGGCUCAUUAUACAGAAGCUGUGCAGGAGAUCAAAGAGAAAGUUGAGCUGUCAAAAUUGGGGCUGUCCCGCGAAAAACAGGACAGUUGGGAGGUCAGGAUUGGGGCAUUGUCUCUUUUUCAAAUUCUACAAAUCCCGCCCCUUGCCAGAUACUUCUAUCCGAUUGGUCUAUGCCUUUGAGAGGGAACACAAUUAUUUAGAAUGUCUGACUCCGCCUUUCACGGAAACAAUGCAGAUGAUUCGUCAGACUCAGACAUCCCAUGGUCGUACCGGAGAAUCCAAUCACGUUCUGCCAAGCUUAAAAAGGAGCCAAUGAGGAACAGAUACACCAGGGAACGAGAUAUGAAUGGAAACUACACUUCAGAUGAAGAAGAUUUGGACAGAAAACUCUUUGAAGAAUUUCCCAUUGUCGGUGCUCAGGGGACCCACUUCAAGUCUAAGAAGCCACUUGACCAGGGAACCAAUCAGCAUGAGAGCAGGGUGCGGGGGAGGCGUCAGGAUUGUGGCCGCGCGUCUCCGGAGAAGUCUAUUGCCCGAGAGAGAAGCGCCGUAGACUCCUCUGGGAACAUCACUCUAAUGACAGAGACCGUGUACAAGUGCAACCGCUGCCACAAGACUUUCUUCACUCGCUCGGGUUAUAGAAAACACCAGCGGAACCACACGGAGGAGAAUAAUUACACCUGUACUGAGUGCGGGGAGUCCUUCCCAGACUGGGCCACUUACACCCUGCACAAUGGCACCCACACGGGCAACCAACACUUCAGUCUCCAGUCCCAUCUCAUGAGCCACAAGCAAAGCCACGCGGGGGGGGACAGACUCUACCAAUGCAGUGUUUGUGCCAAGUGCUUUGCCCACAGAUCCAGUCUGGCCGCCCAUAUGGCAGCACACGCCGGGGAGGAGAUAUAGGGGUGCAGAGAGUUGGGGUAUUUCCUCACUUGUACCAAAUGGCUCAGUGACCCCCCUCUAUCAGCCACAAUAGAGAAUCACAUUAUUUUUUUAUUAUUAUUAUUAUGACUACUUGACUUCCUCGGCCCAUCAGGCCCUUUUCUUUUCAGUCAUUCUAACUGCCGCCUGGUUGCUAGGGGGGAGUUCCAGAGGCCACCAGGAGAGGUGCUAUUAUUUAGGGGACUGUUAUUUUGACUGCCGGCUCUGUGCGCCCCUGAACUCUAAUAAACUGAUGGUUCCACCCUACACAGGCGCUUGUACAGCAGCGAUUUGUCUUUUCAUUGAAAUUCAUGAUUUACUACUGAUUUGUGCUCACUGGGCUGAAAAAGUUCCUGAAAGGCCAAUAAAAUGAAUCCUCCACA